AUGUGCCAUAUCCUCAGCUUGCGCAGAGUGGCUGUUGGCUUCUUGGCAACCGUGCUGCUGCUACAGUGUGUUAUUCUGUAUCGCCUCAUCCCUGAAACAGAAGUUGUAUUGAUCACACAUGCCGGAAGUCACAGCAGGGCAGUUUGCAGGGCAAUUGAGGAAGUUAUGAGGCAAGGCUGCCGCUGGAGGGUGAAAUGCCCGACGGCCCAUUGCCAGAUGCAGCGCGGCAUGGCAAUUCGUGAAAGGAGAGCCGUUGCCGUGGACCCUCGCUUGUUUGUCCUGAUCUUGCGUGAUCCCCGUGAUGUGGUCACACCACGGGUCACAUCACAAGGAGGCCAGGGCGAUUGUCCCAGCAAGUACCAGUGUGCUGUCCAAGACAUUCAGGCAGUGGUCAAUUGGACGGAGGCUCGGCAUCGCGAACAUUCAGAGCAGCCCGGAUCCUUUGUGCUUCUGUAUGAGGCGGUGGCUUUGCAGCCGCGUGAGACUCUGCAGGCGCUGGCGGGCUUUCUGCAAAUGGACCCUUCUGUUACAGAUCAACAGGUCAGCGCCUGGCAGAGCGUCACGGAGCACGGGGCUAUUUGUCAGACGACCUCGUACCCAUCUUGGAUUGCCAGCUACGUCAACUCGGUGAUGCAGAAGGGGCUCUCGCCUGAUCUUUGGAAUCACUGGGCAUCCUGUAGCUCGAAGAUAUCUUGGGCGCCGGAGCCAUGCCCCAGAAAGACGCAGCUGGAAGUCCAUAAUGAGUCGCAGCAUGGCGAUGUGUGCCGCUUUUCGGCCUCGCUGGGUUUCACGUGUCCGACCUUGUGCGGGCGAAGGGCUGAGGCACCCUACUGUGCCGCUGCGGGAUCAGACCCAUGUCGAGCUGCGGCCCUAGAUGUGGACUGGCGAAAGAGGCUCGUCCCAAACACACAGACACCCGGCAUCAUCAGCACGUUCUACGAGCCAAGUGCGAAGGACGACCGGGAGCCUGCAAGGAAGCAGACCUUGGCUGCUUGGGCGCACCAUUGGCAGCAAGCAGGCUGGCGAACAAGGGUUCUUGGCCUUGCAGAUGCCAAAAAGUCCCCCUUCUACAAGCAGCUCCUCUUGAGGUUUAGACGGAUUCCGCUGGGGGAAAACGCAGAGUACGAGAAGAUGUGCUACUUUCGAUAUCUGGCCAUGGCGGAAGCCGGGGGCGGCUGGAUGAGCGACUAUGAUACGUUGCCCUUGCAUUUCCCAGCUUCCAGCGACUUGCCGGAAAAUGGCCAGUUCACUGUGUAUCAAAAUCAUGUACCGGCAUUGAUGUCCGGUAGCCAGGAGGAAUGGCGCCGUAUUUCCAAUCAGCUCUCGGACAGUGCUGUGCUGCUGGCGCGCAAGAUUCCCAUGCCAAAGUUGGUUUCUGACAUGCACGCGAUGCUGGGGCUGGUGGACAAGUCGGGGAGCAGAAACAGGUCUGAGGACCGCGUACACGCCUUCGAGAUGGUGGCCGAUGCAGCCGACUACCUGCGGUCACUGCGUUUGCCAGAGCCAGAAGCCUGCGACCUUUUCCGCUUCUUCCGCGUGGCCAUCCACAUCUCCCAUUCAUCUAUGGAUCACGGGCUUGCUUUGCCGCCCGCUGAGGUUGAGACGCAACGUCCCCGCAUCAUGAACGAGACCAUGGUGCGAUUCUGGAAGUGUGUAGAAGCUGACAGCAGCGGAUCUGAUCUGAAGCUUAAAUCUUAG